AUGGCAUCGUUGACGGAAGUUUCGCCGAUGAUCGGAGAUGACAAAGCGGCACACCUGAGCUCGUCCGGCAAGCCUCCAAGGGACCUUUCUGUAAUGCGCCAUUGCAACAGCACUGCUUGGUUGAUCGAUUCCGAAGGAGACGAGAGAUGUGGUCCGGAGGGAGACAACACCACGUUCCAACCUGUGUUCAGAUCUGGAAGCUGGUCGGAUAAAGGACCAAAGCGGUCCAUGGAAGACGAGUUCAUCUGCGUGGAUGAUCUCACAGAACAUAUCGAAUCAUCAUCAUCCACUGGAGCUUUCUAUGGGGUGUUUGAUGGACAUGGAGGUAUUGACGCUGCAUCAUUCACAAAGACGAACAUUCUGAAGCUUGUAACGCAAGACAAACACUUCCCAAGCAACACCAAGAAGGCGACAAGGAGUGCCUUUGUCAAGACGGAUCACGCUUUAGCUGAUGCACCUUCUCUCGACAAAUCCUCAGGAACAACAGCACUGACCGCCCUCAUCUUGGACAAAACCAUGCUCAUCGCAAACGCCGGUGACUCCAGAGCCGUGCUUGGGAAACGUGGCAGAGCCAUUGAGUUAUCAAAGGACCAUAAACCUAACUGCACUUCCGAGAAGCUACGCAUUGAGAAGCUUGGAGGUGUCAUCUACGAUGGCUACCUUAACGGGCAGCUCUCCGUGGCUAGAGCUUUAGGAGAUUGGCAUAUUAAGGGAACUAAAGGGUCGCUCUGCCCGCUCAGCUGCGAGCCUGAGCUGGAGGAGAUUGUGCUUACGGAGGAAGAUGAGUUUCUUAUAAUGGGAUGCGAUGGACUUUGGGAUGUGAUGAGUAGCCAGUGCGCGGUGACGAUGGUGAGGAGGGAGCUGAUGCAGCAUAAUGACCCUGAGAGAUGCUCUCAAGCUCUGGUCAAGGAAGCAUUACAACGCAACAGCUGUGAUAAUCUUACUGUAGUGGUUGUCUGUUUCUCUAAGGACCCGCCUCCGAGGAUUGAGAUACCUAAGUCGCAUAAGAGGAGGAGCAUCUCUGCCGAGGGGUUGGAUCUACUCAAAGGUGUUUUGAAUGAUUUGUGAAGGAACUGAUCAAGUUGAAAAGUAAGAAGAGACUUGCUUUGUUUUUGUUUUUGUUCCUCUGUUUUGACAAGAAGGUCAG